AUGUCCGAGAUUCUAACUGGCGACAGUGGCGACGCCGCGCUUGGACAUGGAGGGUUUCCCGACUGCGCCACAAUAACAGAUAAACUUAGUCCCCCUACAGAGUGCCUGGUGGGCGGCGCGCUAUCGCUGGUGCUUCGCAUAUCGAGAUGCUCAGGAGUAGCCCCGCUGCGCUGCACCGCCGCGGAGGCCGACUGGCGUAUAGCGGUGUCGCCGCCGCUUGACAUCUUCAACCGCGUCUUCAUGACUGUUCUUAAUCUCGUAGGCCUAGCAGCCAUAAUUCGAGACUUCCGAGAAGAUCCAAGCAAGCGUAUCCACGUGGGCGAGUCCGCCGUGACAGCUUGCGUAUGGAUCUCCGACCUCGGCCUGGUGCUCGCCAUAGCCAGCCUGGCCGUGUACCGCGGCUCCGCCCGGAUGAAGAAAUUCAUAAAGUUACUGAGGGAGCUGCAUAAGAUCAAUGAUGACCUAAAUAAUACCAAAUGCGUAAAAAUGGAGAAGAUUGGCGUCAUCGCGGUGACUAGCUUUUUGAUGAGCACCAUGAUAAUUCAGGUUGCUCAGAUCUACCUCCUGACGAAAUUGUUCAUUAAUCGUGGAUGCAAUUGGUCGAUUAUGUUAAUGUACAGCUCGUACUACGUGGCUAACUGUCUGGGCCUGCUGGCGCUGCUGCAGUGGGGCUUCGUUGUUUUAGCUGUUUACAGCGCCGCCGCUACGGUCAACCAGCACCUACUGCGACUGCACCACGGUGACUAUUCUUCUAUAGUCAGUAGUGGGGCUUCGUCGGUUGAGCUGUGCACGGGGUCGUAG